AUGGAAGCGAUGUUUGGCGUCCUGUAUGAUGUUGAUCUGAACCGUCACACAUGGCCCGCUGAGAUUCCGAUGGCCGCCCGAAGCACUGCGUGGCACGUCCCGGUAUCCAUGUGGAUGCUGCCCGCAGACCAGCGGAUGGAAGUCUUCAUGUGCAGACCUGUGUGGCCGGGAGCCCGUUUGCACCGCUCGGCUUGGGUCCCAUACACUGCCAGAAUGCUGCCCCAAGCCAUGUGGAAUGCCCAAGCCGCUUCCUGGACACAGCUGCUUCAGACUGAGCACAAGGUUGUGUUUCCAGCAGCUCUGGCCAUGUGCGUCCACGCCGUGCUGGACAGUUUGGAAGCAAAUAGUGCUGAUGUGGAAUGGAUGCCGGGGCAGCCCCGAAACAUCAAAAACAAUUGGCGCCGCCGCGCCAAUGGUGUCCUGCGUGCGGUGGUGCGGUUGAACUGGAGCACAUUCAUGCGAGAACCUCCUUUGUUGCCUUGGGUGACAUUCAAAGUGAGCACCUGUCAAGCCUUCCUCCGGGAGCCCAUGGUCAAAGUCCUCGCUCUUUGCAGGCGUGUCUGGCACCAGAACAUGCUGUAUCAGAUGUUUGCGGAGCCCAUCCUGAGCCACGUGGUUGGCGUUGUGGGGCAAAGCACAAAAGCUGGGACUCGCAUCUGGGGAGAUUUUCGAACACUGAAAAAUGUGCCAGGGUUACGCUUUUGCCCGUGCUGGGCCGCCAGCCUGUCCAAUGAAAUCCUCGUGCAGAAUUACCAGAACCUGUGGUGGGACGAGUUUCGAAACUCACAACAGACUGUUUCCCAGUUCUGGCAAGCAGGCCGCCGCAUUUCUUGCUUGAGUUUCAGCCCUGACGGUCACUCCAUGCUAGUGGACUUGGGGAACAAAGAGAAUCUUCCCCAGGCAUUGAGAUUUGAUAGAGGAUUUACUCUGUACAUGGUGGUGCUCGCAAGCGUGCAUCAGCUGGCCUUCGAACAAAAGUGUUUCAGUGAAGCCAUGCGAAUGAUGGAGCAGUCGGGCGUGAGCCCAGAUACCCUGAAGCAACUUCUAGGCUCGGACAGGCAAAACAUCAGGAAUCCUUUCCAAACUUGGUUCCCGCACGGCGUGCUGCCUGCGGUCUCCACACAGUUAGACCAAGAACAGCAAGACCUGGUGAGACAAAUUGUGCAAGCGCCUCAAGCUGCUGCCAACGCUUUAGCAUUCUAUGUCACGAACAGAAAAAAGCACCGAGAACCCAUGUUGCGGCAGCUGCGGCGUGCGUUGCAACCUGACCAAGUGUACGUGCUGGCUGGUCAGAUAGAGGAUCCUGACACUGAUGUCCACAUACAAGCACACUUGGAAGCAGCUUCCAAAGAACAGCUGGCUGAGGUCCUCCACCGCCUCGGUGACUUAGACAGCAACAUUGAUGUCGUCGCACCCGAACUACCUCUGGAUGCAAUUUUGCCCCUGCACGCUGAAAGAGUGCAAAUCCUCUUCUGCAACUAUUUGUGGAAAAAAAUGGAAGGCCAAAUGCAACAGCUGCAACAGGUCAAGGUGCUGGUGAUGACUGCGGACAUGGCUAGAAAAAUGUUGGGCAACAGAAGCAUCUGGGCGCGCAACCGCGCACUAGAAAUUCUCAUCCAUGAUGAGAUCGAAAACACCACUUGGCCGCAGCUCCUUGCAUUGGCUGGGCAUUUUCGCAUGGUUGUGACUGCUGGUGACACAAACCAACGACUGGAACAGUUUCGUCCUGCAUGCCGUGGCAUGCGUGGGCAAGAUCCUGAGGAAAUCCGCUUCAAUGCAAGCGCUGCUUUGUCCGCAGCACAAGAACAAGCGCUCGACAGAGCCUCGCAGGAAACACCCUUACAUUGGGAAGACAUUCCUGCAAGUGACUUCCUGCUAGCUUUUGCCAGUGUGAAUCACCUGUGUUCUGUACGGCGUUAUGGAGACUCUGUCUGCGCACUGCUGAAUCGUUUGGGCUAUGAUGGCUCUGGGAUCACAUGCAUCUUUAGCGAGAAGCUUUUCGGAUUGCUCGCAGCUAUUGCUUUGGCUUGGUUGCAGCAAGACAAUGCAAUUACAGUGGGACUGGUGCUGCUGUAUCGCGCCAGCGUGGAUGUGCUGGAGGCGUGGCGCGAGACUUUACCUCAAGAUUGGCAAGAGCGGCUCACAGUGGCCACACCCGAACAAGUGCAAGGAGAUUCCUUCGACAAAGUCGUCUUCUUCUGCAUGCAACGACGAUGGCCACAUGAGAGCAAACCUCAAGGCCACUCUGUCCAUGAGGGGCGAAGAUUGGUAGGCCUCACUCGAAGCAAAGCAGAGCUGUUGGUUCUUGCAGAGUGGCUGCACUACAGUGACUUUCCAAGCACUCAAAGAUUUCAAAAAGAAUUUGGGACGGACGGCUGUGAUAUGAACCAGGCAGACCUACUUGCACAAUUCAGCCGCAGGUUAGGCUUGCAACUGACUGUCCCCGCCAUCUCUUGGACACAGUUGACUCCUGCUGAAAGAGAUCGCCAAGGGAACAUGGCAGCUGUGACCUUCUUGCAGCGGCCGCAGCAAUGGCAACAGAUCUGGAGCAACAUGCAGUGGCAACCGCCGCAACGAGAGGUUCCAGGCAUUCCUAGUGCACUGCCGUCAGAUCAAGAACUUGGAGAGAUUUUGCUUAUCCCAGCCAUGCCGAUGGUCAAUAUGGGGCAUACCAGCAUGUUUGUGCCUCUGAAUUUCAUUUCCAAAGCGGGACAAUACACAGGGCACCAUGCGAACCAGCUCACCAAUCAGCUCAUGGAUUUUGUGUGCAGGCAGACAGCCGCAGAGUGCGGGGCUACGCACGAAAUCCGACACCACAAACUCAAGCAUGAGGAGGUCGGUGGAGCCGAGUACUAUACCCAGAGCUGCAACUCCCUGCGCGCGGCGCAUUUGCUCCUAAGCACCAACGACACCACCUUACUCAAGGUGUACCACGGUUGUGGUACUGAACUUCAACGAGGUGACGUCUCGAGCUUAGUGGUGACAACAAGGGACAUGGGCACCCUGGCCGUCUUCUUGCGCAUCCUGAUUCGAAACUAUUGCCCCAACCAGGUGGUUCAGUUCAUCCUUCAGCACAACGAAAUGCAAGCCCACGUGCAGUUGAACCAGCACAUGCAUCAUGCCCUGGAGUGGACCGACUUUGCCCAUGGAGUCUUAGUGGCUUACCUGCUGCCGGCUGUUGGCCGUCUUCCGCCAAGCUCUGCGGACCUGACCGUGAUCCAACCCGGUGAGGUACAGAACCUGGUUGUCUCAGCGCUACUUCUUGAAGCCGCAAGGAUUUGGACGCUCCUCAGAUCGCAUGGAGUGCAGGAGGAAGAGAUGCAAUUCUUGAGGUUGCAGACAGACGAAGAUUUGGAACUGAUCACAUCGACUGUGGCCAAAGAAGCCGCCGCCGAAGCCGUCGAGCCUCGGUCCUCCAAUGGCUCCGAUGGCUCCAGUGACACAAAGAUGUCUCUCUACAGGAUGGUUGAUUUGCCUCUGCCGCGUUGGCUUCUCCUGUGCUGCAUGCUGCCCUAUCUGCUGCCCCUGCUGGACUGUUGGCGCUUCUUUGGCCUCGCUCUGGCGCAGCAGCUGUGCCCUUCCUUGGCUGUGGAAUGGACAUCGUUCCUCCAACAGACCAUGCUUGAGGACAUACAACCCAUCUUGGAGUUCGCCCAACCUUUGGUGCUCUUUGCAAUGCCCACCAUUGCAGUGCAACGACGGUUGCCGCAGCUCCUUCGAUUCAAUCUGAACCAGGCUUUCGUCAUAGACCUUGGCGUGUGCCUCACGUUCCAUGCGUCCUGCUUAAGCCGAUGGCUGUCGUUGCAACGGGGCGAUCAGAUCUACGUCCCGCUGCAGGCAGAGCUGCCCGUGAUGCCCGGCAGUCGUGCCAUUCUGCUGCUGUUUGGCGUGUGUUUGCUGUAUUGCAUCUCCAGCACUGCUCUGGGGUCGUAUCCAGAUGGCAUCCCAUCAAUCUCAGUGGAAGCCAAGAAGAGCUUGGGAUCCCUGCGAACGUAUCGGCGCACGCGAUGAAUGUGAUGUCAUGGCAAAACAUGGAGGACAAAUAUG